UCUGGUCUUCGACAUGGCCGACCGUGGACCCGGAGUCGGGACAGAGAGGCACGUCGCUUACUUCCUGCGAUGCCUUGAUCUCCUGCCCUACAUCUACACCUCCAAUGAUCUCAACCGAAUCACAUUAGCAUACUUCUGCAUCGUCGGCCUGGAUCUGCUGCACGCAUUGCAAGAUGUGCCCUUGGAGAAAAAGGAAGCGUGGAAGGAUUGGAUAUACCGGUGUCAAGCUGAGGGUGGUGGGUUCAGAGGUAGUCCACAGGUUGAAGGUCUCGGACGACGGUACGAUCCUGGACAUCUGCCGAGCACGUACUUUGCACUGGCUGCAUUGGUUUCAUUACGAGAUGAUCUCACAAGAGUUGAUUGGGAGGGUACGCUUCAUCUGAUUCGAAGACUGCAAAGGAAGGAUGGCAGUUUCGCUCCGUUUGUGAUGGAGACGGUUGAUGGGCAGGGAGAAGAGCUGGGAGGUGAGGUCGAUAUGCGGUUUACGUAUUGUGCGUCAGCGGUGCGAUAUAUCCUCCGUGGUAAUGACUGCAAGGUUGAAGAUGUCAAAGUCGACAGCGCUGUGGAUUACGUCAAGUCGAGUAUAAACUACGACGGUGGUAUCGGACAAGGACCAGGUUGCGAGUCACAUGCGGGCUUGACCUACUGCGGUGUGGCAGCCUUGAGCCUUCUGGGAAGAGUUGAUGCACUGUCAAAUCUACGACAAACGAUACGCUUCCUGACCAGCCUCCAGAAUCAGGUGAAUGCGCCUCCAACCGAAGACGCCGAUGCCGCUUCAGACGACGAAGACGAAUACGACCCUGGAGGUGGCUUCUGUGGCCGCCACAACAAGAUGACAGACACAUGCUACUCCUUCUGGGUCAGUGGCUCUCUAUCCCUCCUUCCCUCAACAUCAAAUCCACCCCCAAUGGACCUCAUCGACAAAGAAGCAAACAGAAAAUAUCUCCUACAACACACUCAACACAAGAUCGGCGGGUUCGGAAAGAAUGCGGGGGAUCCGCCGGAUGUGUUACACAGUUGUUUGGGGUUGGCGAGCUUAGCGGUUCAGGGAGAGGAGAGGUUACAGGGAUUGGAUGGGGCAUUGUGUGUUGCGGAGGGGGCGAGGGAGUUUUUGGCCACCCUAAGGACGGGACAUGCGACGGACAAGUAAACGAAAGAAUAUGCCUUUAGAAAAGAAGCAUGAGGAUUCAUGUGAGGUUAAUUCAAAUUGACAUUGCAUUUAAGUGGUG